CCCCUCAGCAGCUGCGAGCGCGAUCCGCGGCCGCCUCCCCGCCACAACAUGGCUGAAAUCAGCAUCGACCAGUCCAAGCUGCCCGGCGUCAAAGAAGUGUGCCGAGAUUUUGCAGUUUUGGAGGAUCACACCUUGGCUCACAGCCUGCAAGAACAGGAAAUUGAGCACCACUUGGCGACAAACGUCCAGCGCAACCGUCUGGUGCAGUAUGACUUGCAGAUGGCCAAGCAGUUACAGGAGGAGGAGGACCGCAAGGCGCGAGCCCGCAUCCAGGAGCACCACAAGGACCUAGAGCAGCAGGACUGUGAGAUCGCUCAGGAAAUUCAAGUCAAGCUGGUCAUUGAAGCAGAACAGCGGCGGCGGCAGGAAGAGGACGAUGAGGACAUUGCUCGGAUUCUACAACAGAAGGAACUUCAAGAGGAAAAGAGGCGGAAGAAGCCCCAGCCGGAGGCCGUGCGGCACGGCCCUUACGAGGAGGGUUACCAGCUAGAAAGCAGAGACCACUCGUGCGGUAGCCCCAGGGAGCCGGCGCCUGAGCCAGCCAGGCCUCGCCGUCCCCGGAGUGGCGAUAGGCAAACCCAGCAGCCCAGGGAACACCGGAGGGGGCCGCCUCUGCUGUCUGAGGGGCUGGACUUGGAGGUUCUGGGGAGCUCCUCUGAAGUGAGGAAGGCCAGAGAUGGCCGGAGACACGACAGAGCGAGGCGGGACAGGAACCCGGGCAGCCAGGACAAGCCUCGGAAGCCGCCUUCGGAUGUGGAGGACGAGCGCGUCGACAGAGGCGGCGGCGGCAGAACCAGCGAAGGCAGGGGGAGACGGCCGGCCAGCCGGGAGAGAACGCGGGGGCCGCCCUCGCCUAAGCUGGAUGGCGGAGGCAGCAGGGAGCGACGAGAAAGGAGGCCGCGAAGCCGGGAGAGGCCCCCAAGGCCGCCCCCUCUUCUUGUGGACUGGGAAGAUGAAGGGGCCAGCGCAGCUCACGGCAGCAGGCGACAUCGGAAGUGUCAGGGGAGGCAUUCGCCCGGCUCAGAAAAGUCCCCCCGGUCACCGAUCUCGAACGGUGAUGCGCCGGGAUGGCGCUCCGACCGACGCCACGGCAGCAGCUGUUCACCAAACCCAGACUGUCACAAACUCCCGCCCCGUGAGGAUCGGCAGUACCCGAGGCCCCCCUCCCGGGACCCCAGGCUCCCGGACGCAGAAGCCCCACCCCGGAGAGGCCACAGGAGGGGCGCAGAAGGAGACUGUGAAGGAGGAGCAGGUGAUAGGGCAGGGGGCCCGCCCUCCUCCCGCCAUGGGGAGGGCUGGGAAAUGGCCCCAGGACGCCACCGGAACCCAGGAACAAAAUCAAGGGGGACAAAAGAAGCCAUUUACCACAAGCCCCGCGUAACCGUCACCGCCGCCGCCCAGGACCUGGAGUUUUACGAUGCUGAGAUCGCUCGGAAGCUGCAAGAGGAGGAAUUGUUGGCCAGCCAGGUGGAUAAGAGGGCAGCCCAGGUAGCCCAGGAUGAGGAAAUUGCUCGCCUCCUUAUGGCCGAGGAGAAGAAAGCAUACAAAAAAGCAAAGGAGCGAGAGAAGUCUUCUGAAAAGAGGAAGCAGGACCAAGACUGGAAGCAGCACGAGGCACAGGAAUUGGGGGGCCCAAGGUCAAGAGAAGGUCACGAACCUCAUCAAGCCAGGAGUGACAAACCGACACGGCUUCCUCCACCGCCCACAGACGACCUGGAUCAGCGGUGUAGUGUCACGAGUCAGCAUCACACGGCGCGUCAAAUAUCCAAACCAGACCCUUCCCAUAAAGGUUACCACUAUAAACAGUAGGGGGUGGAAACUAGACACUUCCGUUGAUACUGACUCUCUUCUGUAGCAAACUUUGCUGGAAUUCUUCCUGGAGAUCUUCUGAGUUCCUCUCCCGCUGUGAGAGGACCAUGUGGUUUUGAAGCAUCGCGAUGUCCACAAACAGUGCCUCUUCUUCAGUCUGUGGGGGUUCUCCUCUCUUUUUUUGUGUCUGAUCUCUCAGGCAGGGCAGUUACAUCUCCCUCCCCGCGCCCCCCCCCCCAAAAAACCCUCUUCCUUUGCAUAAUUCCAUUUCGGCUUUGGGUCUUGUGGCGCUCCCCUCUUCCGUUGCAGCUGAGUCGUAGUUUUGUCAGUAAGAUUUUCUUUCCUGUUUCGAGCAUGGGAGAGGGUGGAUGGAGACCAAGCAGAAGCUCAGUGAAGGGUUGCUUUUACGAGGAGACUUUGGCUGAGUUCAGAUGGGCGAGAAGGUGGCGAAGUCUCCUCGUGAGGACCAUUCCUGUGAAUGCUUCGACAUGGGACAUGUCGCAGCUGGGUGGAGAGGUUGGCCCAGACUGUCUCCUGGCUCCCUCCGUAUUUCAGAGCAUUUCCAGAAUUUGUGAACUCGCCCCUGGUCUCUCAUCCCCUGAAAUGUCUCGCCUGGCUGAUGAAGCCAUGCACGUCCCUCCCCGACUAACUCAUGAAGUGCUACCACUCAGGGCUGCUUCGCAUGUCACACCUUGGAGGUUUAGGCCAAGGACAGGUUUACAGGGAUCACCUAAAGCAGCCUUCCUCAACCUGGGGCGCUCCAGAUGUGUUGGACUGCAACUCCCAGAAUGCCCCGGCUGGGGCAUUCUGGGAGAUGCAGUCCAACACAUCUGGAGCGCCCCAGGUUGAAGAAGGCUGACCUAAAG